AUGCACUUUGAGGAUGUGGUCAUUGCCUUCUCUCAGGAGGAGUGGGGGAUCCUUGAUGAGGCUCAGAGACUUCUGUACUGCGAUGUGAUGCUGGAAGUUUUUGCUCUUAUAUCAUCUCCAGGUUGUUGGCAUAAAAAGGAUGAGGAAAGGGCCUGUUCUGAUCAGAGUGUGUCUGUACAAGGAGAGUCACCCAUCAGGGCUUCUAAAACAGCUCCAGCAAUCCAGAAGUCACAUUCCUGUAAGCGGUGUUUCACAGUAUUGAAAGAUAUUUUGCACCUGACUGAGUUUCAAGCAGAAUACUUUGAACACAAAUGCUUCUUCAGUGACUCAUGUGUGAGAGACUGCUGUUUCAGUGCAAACCCUCACCAGCAACAGAAGGAUGUCAGUGGAGAGAUCUCCUGGAAAGAAGCUAUGGUCAGACCCUCAUUUAUUACCAAGUGUAGUUUCUAUUCAUCAGAGGUUCCUUCAAACAACAGGGAGGUUAGGGAAGAUGUCCCGUCUUCCUCAGAGCUCCUCCAGCCCCAGACUUCUCAGAACACUGAGGAGCCACAUAGUGGCAGUGAGGUUUUCCAAGAAUAUCUCAGUGGAAAAAGUCAUCACCAGUGGGCUGAACUUGAAAAAGCUGCCAGCAAGAAACAGAAAGUUGUUGAGAGUCAUGGUGUCUGUUCUGGAGAACUGAUUUAUGAUUGUGACAAUUGUAGGAAAGUUUUCAGAGGAAUCUUUAACCUCAAUCAACAUAUGAGAGUUCACACUGGAGAAAAUCCAUUUUGGUGUACAUAUUGUGGGAAGUCCUUCAGUCAUAGUUCUAAACUGAUUAAACAUCAGAGGAUUCACACUGUUGAAAAGCAUUUCAAGUGUAGUGAAUGUGGGAAGUCUUUCAGAUAUAAGUCUCAUUUCAACAUACACCAGCGAGUUCACACUGGAGAAAAGCCAUAUGAGUGUACAGGUUGUGGCAAGUCCUUCAGUCAGAGCUCUAAACUGACUCAACAUCAGAGAGUUCACACUGGAGAAAAGCCUUAUAAGUGUAGUGAGUGUGGGAAGUCCUUUGGAAGUAAUUCCGAGUUCAAUAAACACCAGCGAGUUCACACUGGAGAAAAUCCAUUUUGGUGUACAUAUUGUGGGAAGUCCUUCAGUCAUAGUUCUAAACUCAUUCAACAUCAGAGAAUGCACACUGGAGAAAAACCUUUUAAGUGUAGUGAAUGUGGGAAGUCCUUCAGAUAUAAGUGUGAUGUCAAUAGACACCAGAGAGUUCACAGUGGAGAAAAGCUAUAUGAGUGUACAGCUUGUGGCAAGUCCUUCAGUCAGAGUUCUAAACUCAUUCAACACCAGAGAGUUCACACUGGAGAAAAGCCUUAUAAGUGUAGUGAAUGUGGGAAGUCCUACAGAUAUAAGUGUGAUGUCAAGAAACACCAGCGAGUUCACAGUGGAGAAAAGCCAUAUGAGUGUACAGGUUGUCAGAAGUCCUUCAGUAAGAGUUCUAAACUCAUCCAACAUCAGAAAAUUCACACUGGAGAAAAGUGUUAG